AUGUCUUUUACCCAUCAGUUCAAAGCUACUAGCCCUACUGCGCAGCCUGCCAAUGAGGCCUCGAAUUCCGCCGACAUAGAUGCUCCUCCGGCAGCGCUAUCGACACCUCCACCGCCAAAACGGAAGAAGAAGCUGUCAGCCAAGGCCAUCGCGGCCGCCGCUGAGGCAGCGGAUGAGGCAGCAGCUGAGGCAGCAGAUGAGGCAGCAAUUGCCGCUGCCGCUGCCUCAAAGCCCGCCAAGAAGGCACCAAGAGCAAAGGAUAAGAAGCCCAGGAUAGAAUGGACGGAUAAGAUGGUGGUGGCGAUGUACGAUGCCUUGCUUGGAGGAGUAAAGAUUGGACUGCGCGCGCAGAGCGGGUAUCAUCCUCGGUGUUGGACGCUUGCUAUUGCUGCUGUACAAGAGGCUACAGAACAUGAUCUAACGGUGCAGAAGCCGCAGUGCCGGUCAAAGCACUCUGAAGGCCAACACAGUCGUACGGCGCAGCAGAUGCAGCAGGUGUUAGAAGAGAAUGAGGAGGACUCGGGCGGCAACGCUGGCCUAGUGCUAGAUGAGGAUGACGUCGAUGAGGCUAAGGAUCCAGAUGAGGACUUUAGCCAAGCCGUACAGGACUACGAGGAGCCGCCGGCGGAGGAUGAUAACUUUAUAAGCGAUGAUGGGGGAGUAGAUGAAGACGGAGAGGGAGAGGACGACGAGGAUAAUACUGGCCGUACGUCAGUUUCUACUGCACCAGCAUCAAACGGGUCUGCUUCCUCUACUCCUGUUUCAACUGCACCUUCUCAAAGCUCUACUCCGGCUCCGUCUCGAAGCUCUACUCCGGCUCCGCCUGGAAGCUUAACAACACCUGCCCGGGCAGCCUCUACGGCGGCCUCUGCUACGCCACUACCUCGGCCAACUCCGGGGCCUAAGAAACCGUCAAAUAUAAACCUGAGGAAGCGGGCGGCAGAGGCAGCCGCUCGCCGGUUGGAGGAGAACGUAAAGAAGGGACGGACUAAGAAGUCAAUGCUUGCUGAAACUGCAGCGGCGGUUUCAAAGGAGACCACUGCUACAAGGAAGCUAUUGACCGAGCAGAUGAUGCAGAGUACGGCGCCGGCUGCAGUAGGGUUACUACAGGGACGUGCAACUACGGCGUUUACAGAAUUCGAGAGAGUCCUAUCUAUCGACGAACAGUUAGCCGUGCGAGAGACGUUUGAGAUAGACUCCAGAGCCAACAGCUUCCUGCUAACGUCAGGUGCUAUUUGA